AUGGCUUCUCAAAGCCCCCAUCACUCGAGGCCAGGAACAGCCCGGAAGCGAUCCGAAAGUGUAACGACGCCAUGGCCAGCAUUCACCGAUUCCACCAACCCUCGCCUCCAGAGCACAGACCGCUCGCAUUCAGUCACACGCGGAGAGGGAAAUCGACGUCCGGUGAGCGCGGAGUUUGAUGGUAUAGAUCGCGUGUUCCCCGUCCGCUCAGUGGUGUCCGUGGAUCCCAUGGCUAGUUCGACACACGGGCGUGGAACAACAUCGCCAAUCUCGGACGGGCCUCGACAGUAUCCUUUCAGAAACGAUAACUCUCGCCCCGAUCCACAAAACAACUAUCCAAAUGCUCAAUAUCUGGGCCCCUCAUUUCUAGCUCCAGGGAUAUCCGCGAGCAUGGGCCGCGCCGAGUCGGUCGUCUCGGAUACGAAAACAGAACUGGCCACCCAUUCCAUGGCCUCUCGAGUCGCGCAGCACCCCGAGCUGUACGCCAGAGUGAAGAGUAACAGUCGAUCCGCGAGCAGUGCAACUCCCGAUGUAUCCUCGCAAGGGGUCUCCGAUCCGGACUCGGCACAAGGCCAUUUCACAUCCCGAUUCCAGCAUGUGAUGACGGAAAAUGGCCACGCAGUGAUUACAGGGCGAAAAGGCGACCAGUUCCAGUACUGUGAGGAUGAGCCCAUUCGAAUUCCGGGCGCCGUGCAGAGUUUCGGAGUCAUGAUUGCAUUACGAGAGGAGUCGCCCGAUGAGCUCGUGGUCCGCGUUGUUAGCGAGAAUUCAGAACAGUUCCUCGGGUACUCUCCCAAGCAGCUAUUUGGGCUGAGCAGUUUCUGCGACAUUCUGAAAGACGACCAGGCCGACUCCUUCCUCGAUCACAUCGACUUUGUUCGGGACGACGCGCAUGACCCCAGUGUGGACGGCCCGGAAGUCUUCUCGCUGACUAUCCCGACACCUCAAGGGGAGGACCGGAAGUUCUGGUGUGCGACGCACGUCAGUCAAGCGCAAAAAGACCUGAUCAUCUGCGAAUUGGAACUCGAACACGACCAGCUCAAUCCUCUAGGUCCCGGCGGCUCCGAAAGCCCUUCCAGUCCCACCGGAACACUGGGAUCCUUCCCUACUGCAGAGCAGUUUGCCGGCAGCGUGACGAAUAUCAGCCAGCCGCUGCGUGUGAUGCGCAAUGCCCGACGCCGAAGGGGAGACGCGGCAGCGAUGGAGGUCUUCAGCAUGUUGUCUCAGAUCCAAGAACAGCUGGGACGAGCGCAGGACCUCGACACCCUGUUGAAUACGACCGUCGGCUUGGUCAAGGAACUGACCGGAUUUCAUCGCGUCAUGGUCUAUCAGUUCGACAGCAGCUGGAACGGUCUAGUGGUAGCGGAAUUGGUGGACCCCAAAGUCAGCAUCGACCUGUACAAAGGUCUUCACUUCCCAGCAUCCGAUAUUCCUGCCCAGGCACGUGAACUAUACAAGGUCAACAAAGUGCGACUCUUGUACGACCGAGAUCAACUCACCGCUCGACUCGUGUGCCGGGCUCUCGAGGAUCUCGACGCACCCCUUGACAUGACCCAUUCGUAUCUGCGGGCGAUGUCACCCAUUCACAUCAAGUAUCUUGCUCAUAUGCAGGUUCGAUCGUCCAUGUCCAUCAGUAUCAAUGCAUUCAAUGAUCUUUGGGGCCUCAUCUCGUGUCAUUCCUACGGAAACGCUGGCAUGCGCGUCUCCUUCCCCGUCCGGAAGAUGUGUCGAUUACUCGGUGACACGGUCUCGCGAAACAUUGAACGUCUGUCCUACGCCUCUCGACUGCAGGCUCGCAAGUUGAUCAAUACCGUCCCGACAGAGGCCAAUCCCUCUGGUUACAUCAUUGCAUCUACAGAUGAUCUCUUACAGCUCUUUGACGCCGACUACGGAGCGCUAUCUAUCCGAGACGAGACCAAAAUUCUGGGUGACAAUACAUAUUCACAAGAAGUGCUCGCUUUACUUGAAUACCUUCGCAUGCGUCAGCUGAAUACAGUACUUGCCUCGCACGAUAUCCUGAAGGACUUCCCGGACUUGCAAUACGGUCCAGGCUUGAAGGCGAUUUCGGGCCUACUAUAUGUUCCUCUGUCAACGGGCGGUAGUGACUUUAUUUGCUUCUUCCGCAAGGGUCAGCUCACAGAGAUCAAGUGGGCCGGGAACCCGUACGACGUUGCAAAGCGCAAGAAGACCGCGGGCUUCCUCGAGCCUCGAAGCAGCUUCGCUGCAUGGAGUGAGACUGUCCUCAGUCAGUCACGCGAAUGGUCGGAAACCGAUGUCGAAACCGCCGCUGUACUGUGCCUUGUCUAUGGUAAAUUCAUCAAGGUGUGGCGUCAGAAGGAGGCUGCAAUGCAAAACUCACAAUUGACAAAACUUCUGUUGGCGAAUUCCGCCCAUGAGGUUCGCACCCCCCUCAACGCCAUCAUCAACUACUUGGAAAUCGCCCUGGAAGGUGCGCUCGAUUCGGAGACACGGGACAGUUUGACAAAGUCACACUCUGCGUCGAAAUCGUUGAUCUAUGUCAUCAAUGAUCUCCUGGACCUCACCAACACAGAGAAGGGCCACGAUUUGAUCAAGGACGAGACUUUCGACCUUCAAUCCACAUUCGUGGAAGCAACUGAUAUGCUUGCUGCUGAAGCCAAGCGGAAAAAUAUCUCGUACUCCGUUUCCGUCAAACCUGGUGUCCCACGGGAAGUGCUUGGCGAUCAGCGCCGUGUGCGUCAAGUCUUCUCAAAUCUGGUAUCAAACGCUAUUCAGCAAACAGCAUCUGGAGCUGUGACUGUGGAAAUGUGGCGAUCACCAAGCCAAGAUUUGCCAGAUCAUGCGGCCGUGGAGAUGAUGGUACUGGAUACAGGCGCCGGUAUGUCCAAGGCCAAGCUUGAGGCGCUCUUCCACGAGCUUGAGCAAGUUUCCACCGACGAGAACAAUUAUGAGGAGGAGGAUGAAGCAACCACUUCGCAGAAGCCGGAGACGAAACGGGCCCUGGGUCUUGGGCUCGCGUUGGUGGCUCGCAUUGUCCAUAACAUGAAUGGUCAACUAGGAGUCAAGUCAGAGGAAGGGAAAGGCAGUCGGUUCAAGAUUCUCCUCCAAUUCAAACUACCUGAAGGGGUGUCGACCGCAGUUCCGGCCGACGCCACUACGCCCAGCUCAGCGUCUGUACCACCCACCCCAAUGAUUUCCGACCGUGAGUUCACGCUGGUUGGUGGAACUGCUGAACGUCGGGAAGGCCGACGACUCAGCUUGGACAGCAUGCGCAGUGGAGGUAGCUCUCGCAGUGGCAGAAGCCAUGCGGACCGCUUGAUUAGCGCGAUACAGGAACCUGCCAUGGUCCAGCGCGCCUUCAGCGACGGCUCCGACGUACGUCAACCGACAACCUCUUCGAGCCCAUCGAUGAUCACAAGUCACUUCUCUGCACCGAUCAGCUCUCCUCGCCCAAUAAGCACCAGAAGUCAGGAUCACUUGGCGAGCCUUGCCACCGUUACCCACACGCCACCCGUGGUCUUACAGUCGUUCAGAACACCUCCGGCACCAGGAACUGCAAACGUCACGGAUUCCGGAGUGCCUCUUGGAGCUAUCAGAAUGGACAAGCACGAGGUUCAGCGAAGAGUCGCUCAGCAAGCAGAAGACCAAUCAUACUUUCCUCCUAUGCCAGGUGCUGUGCCAGAGGCUUCUACAGCAACUUCGGCAUCGGCCACUGCUCCUUCCACUAUGCCCACCACGGCACCUUCAGUUGCUCCCGUUACUCCCUCUCUACUCAACGUUCUCGUAGCCGAGGACGACCCUGUCAACAGCAAAAUUAUCCACAAGCGACUGACCAAGAUUGGCCACACGGUUAUGCUGACUGGCAACGGCGAUGCUUGCGCAAACGCUUUCACUUCAGGAACGGAGCAAUUUGACGUGGUCCUCAUGGACAUUCAGAUGCCUAUUGCCGACGGAAUGGUAGCGACACGGAUGAUCCGUGAAUUUGAAGCCACGACUCCCAACGGCAAAUCCGAUACUUUAUUGAAGCACGAACGGAUUCCAAUCUUUGCUGUUUCUGCGUCCUUGCUCGAAUCAGAGAAGCAAAACUAUAUCGACACAGGCUUUGAUGGAUGGGUCAUGAAGCCCAUCAACUUUGCAAGACUGAACGUGCUUCUCGCAGGUAUCUACAGUCUUGCAGCCAGGUCCGAAGCCACCUACAACCCCGGUCAAUGGGAGAAUGGUGGCUGGUUUGGGACUGCGCAUUAA